AUGUCAAAGUCAUUCACUACCUCACCCCACAUGGACCAGGCACUGUCCGGGUUUGGUGCUGGCAUGGUGUCUACUCUUCUUCUUCACCCUCUAGACCUUAUCAAAAUACGAUUUCAAGUCGACACUGCAAAACGAUCCGAGAAAAGACCUUUGAUGGGUGGAACGAUUAAGGCAUUUAAAAGUAUCCUUGCCAACGAAGGAUUUACUCGGGGACUUUAUCGUGGAGUAGGACCCAAUAUGGCCGGAGCUACGGCCAGUUGGGGAUUGUAUUUUUGGUGGUAUAGUCAGAUCAAACAGUCCUUUAGAAACUCAGAUGAACAAAUGUUGGCAGCUUGGCAACAUUUGGCAGCUUCAGCUGCAGCCGGUGCAGCCACUGCCGUCAUGACUAAUCCAUUGUGGGUUGUCAAGACCAGAAUGUGUACCACGACGCACGAUUCACCUGAUUCUUAUCGUGGACUGAUCGAUGGCUUAAGAAGAUUGGCGGCUGAAGAGGGAUUGAGGGGAUUGUACAGAGGACUGGUUCCAGGGCUGCUGGGUGUCUCACAUGGUGCGAUUCAAUUUAUGGCCUAUGAAGAGAUGAAGAAGAGCAGGAACCAGUGGAGACAUGGUCAGGGCAUAACUCCUAGUAGUGAAACCAAUGCCAGACUGACCACCACAGAAUACCUUGUGAUGGCUGCUUCUUCAAAAGUCACGGCUACAAUCAUGACAUACCCAUAUCAAGUACUCCGCAGUCGUCUCCAGAACAGGGAGACGAAAGAUUCUUACAAAGGAUUAGUUGAUUGUGUGAUUAGAAUCUAUAGAGCUGAGGGCUAUGGUGGAUUUUACAAAGGCCUGGCGCCUAAUAUAAUCCGAGUUCUUCCAGGAACAUGUAUUACUUUUCUUGUAUAUGAAAAUAUGUCUCAGUGGUUCAAAAACCACGCGAGAUAAAAAUAAUAACAAUAAUAAUUAUAAAGAUGUGUAUAAAUAAAUAAGUAAAUAAUUCAUCUAUAGUAAUUAUUGCUACCAUU